GCGCAUUGUGGGCGGCGUACUGAGCUUGCGCGUUGCGGGUAGCAAGGAACAGGGAGCGACCAUGUCGUAUAUUUUCAUCAACGAUUCGAGCCAGACCGGAGUGCCGCUGCUUCAGGCCUGCAUCGACGGCGAUGUCGCCUACGCCAAGCGACUGCUGGAGAGCGGCUUCGACCCCAACAUUCGCGACGCCCGAGGUCGCAGUGGCUUGCAUGUGGCCGCCGCCCGGGGCAACGUCGACAUCUGCCGCCUGCUGCACAAGUUCGGCGCCGACCUGCUCGCCACCGACUACCAGGGCAACACGGCGCUGCACCUGUGUGGCCACGUCGACUCCAUUCAGUUCCUGGUGUCCAACGGCCUCAAGAUCGAUAUCUGCAACCAUCAUGGUGCUACACCACUUGUAUUGGCAAAACGUAGAGGAGUAAACAAAGAUGCAAUCAAGUUACUGGAGUCACUGGAGGAGCAGGAGGUGAAAGGAUUCAAUCGUGGAACUCACUCUAAACUAGAGAUCAUGCAGACUGCAGAAAAUGAGAGUGAGCAGGAGACUCAGAACAUCAUCCUCAGAGGUUGGGAAACAGAACAUCAGCCCCUCAGUGCAAUGGAGAGCCACUCACUGCUGAAUCCAAAUCUGCAGAAUACAGAAGGCGUUCUUUCCAGCUUCCGGUCCACCUGGCAGGAGUUUGUGGAUGAUUUGGGCUUCUGGCGGGUUCUACUACUCAUUAUUGUCAUUGCAUUGCUGUCUCUUGGCAUUGCCUACUACGUCAGUGGCGUUCUGCCCUUUGUGGAAAACCAGCCUGAACUGGUGCAUUAAAACCUAAACAGCAUCCAGUGUAAUGAAUUUUGAUAUUCGUGCUGUCUGAGGUAGCAUGUCGGAAUGCUAGCAGACUGGCCAGCAUCUGAUAUUGCCAUUCCAGUUACUAAAACAUUUUACUACCAAAGUUCAGCACUUAUAGUCUUGGGAUCAUUUAUAAAUCUAGUUGUUUUCACCUUAACUCCAGCUUUUAAAACAAAUACUGUUUUUGAAAAUUGCAUCACUAAUGAAGCUUAUAAAGUCUUUAUCCGUUAGAGUUGAUCUAAAAUGCAGACUGAAGGCAGUACUUUGAACUGAUUUGCUCAAGUUUCAAAAUAUGUUUUUUCACCUUUUGAACUUGUUUAUAUAAAAGAGGUGAAAAUUUCCAUUGAAACAUUUUUGUUUCCUAGGUUUUCUCAAGGAAUUAUGGCAAAACGUGUACAGACUGAAGAAUUUAGCAAUGGUGGCUUCGUGCUUAAAGAUUAACAUAGUUAUAGAAUCAUGGGCCCAGUAGAAUGCUUACUUUAAUAAUCACUGAGUUAUUUUAAAGUAUUUAGUCCAUAGAAUGAAAUACCCAAUGUAGCAACUUGUUUUGCCAGAGUAGUCGUCUUCAGUAUUAGGUUGACUAAGCCUAAGUAUAAAGCAAAAAUUGUGCACUUUUAACUGUAGUAUUGUAAAUUUUAAUUGUAUUAAUGGAAAUUGUUACUUAGGUUCUGCAAUAAAUUUAAGUACCUGAACAAUGUGUUGUAAUUUAUUUGAAGCUGUAAGUAAACUAUGCAGCAUCCACAUU